UCCUUGACCCAGAUUCCACCGUGUUUGGAUGUGGAGGAGCAACGUGAUCGCACUGAUGACCCUCUAGGCAUUUAAUACUGAUCCCCAAGUCAUAUUACCCAGUAUAAAGAUGUCUGCCAAGGCUCCCUUGAGAUGUUUUGGUUCAUGGACCCAUAUGGGCAGAAAUCCAGCUGCCUCCAGCUCUAGACCAUUGCUUGUUUAUUACUUGCUUGGCCAAAAUCUUUACAAUAUAAAUGUACUAACUGUAAGCAGCAAUCACUAUUGUGUUAAAUCAAACAUUUUUCAAUCAGUAAGAUAAAAAUAAACUGCAUGGCUUGCAAACACUUGUGAAUACAAAACAUUGAAGAAACAAAAACAAAGGAACAAAAACAUAUAAAUAAAAUAAAACAACUACAUCCAAAAAUAUAUAAUAGAGACAAAAUGUUUGACUACACAGUGAUUUAAAACUCUGUGUAUAGAACCUUGUUUGGUUAUAUGAGGACUCACAUUCACUCAUCCCUCUCUUGAAUAUUCACAUAUGAGGAGAGAGGGAGGCAGGAGAGGAUUAACCAGACAACACUUCUGGUGUCUGCAGACAGGAUAAGACGUACAGUAGAGCUGCUUACAACAAUACCAGUACGUCCAGUGGAGUGUGACUGGACAUACAAAGUAAGUGAUCUGCAGUCUUUUGGCUUCAAGCAAGGGAUUAGCAUAGAUUACUGUUAUAAUGGACAGUAUAGCACUCACUAAUCCAUGCAUCCAGAAUGGAUGGGAGGAAUGGAGGAGAGGAAUGGAGGAUAACAGGAGAAGAAGAUGGAGGGAAAGGGUGAGCCAUUGGGCAGAGGAGGUGAAUGAAAAGAAUGAAGAGAAAGAUGACACAGAAGAAGCUGAACAAAACAUGGAGAGUGAGCUGGAAGCAAAGGGAUUUGAAAAAGACUGUGAAAAGGAGGAAGGGGAGAAUGUAGAGGAGUGGGAAGAAGAAAUGGAGGUGAAGGACAGUAAAGGGGUUAAGGAGAUCAACCAUUGGGAUGAAUUAGAAACUGAGGCAGAUGAUGGACUACCCGUAAAUGUAGUUGAAAUGGAGAAAGAGAAGGAAACUGAGGUAGAAAGGAAGGAUGAAGAAACGUUGGUGACUGGAGCCCUGGUUGUGGGAGGAAAAGAGGAAGAUAAGGAAACUAUCAAGUGGGUGUUAAAGAGGAAUGAGGAGCCACCGCAGGGGAUGGAUGUAAAGGCACUUAAAGAGAAAGAAGGACAGAACGAGAUUUGGAUGGAGGGUAAAGUGAAUAAGGAUGAAGUUCGAGCGGAGGAAAAUAUGGUUUUAGAUACAAGAGAAAUGCAGCUAGGGCAGGAAGAGCAACAUGAGGUUGAGGUGGAUAUUAGAGAGGGGGCAGAAGGGAAUAAGAUGUGGGAAAAUGAGCAGGAUGAGGAGGAAGAAAAGGAAAAUAUUGAGUGGGAGUUAAAGAUGAAUGAGGAGGUACCUCACCCUGCUCUCCUUCUAAAAGAGGAGGUUGAAGGAAAAGAGGUUUUAGAUACAAAGGAAAUGCGGGUACAACAGGAAGAUCAUCAUAAGGCACAGAUGAAGAUUGAAGAGGAAGAUGAGGAUAAUGAUUUGUGGGAUGAGCAGAAUGAGGAUGUAGAUGACGGGAAUGAAGAGCAUCAGGAAGCGGAGAAAUACGUAAAUCAUGAAACAAGAACUGAAGCUGGGAUUAUUCAGGAAAAUCCACAAAGUAAAUCACAAGAAGACCUUCAAACCUUUUCAAUGAAAUCCAUGGACAAUGAAGACUCUGACACAGUGGGACAUGGAAAUACAUUGUGUGACUCUGAAAAGAUUAAGGAUGAAGAACAGUCUGUUGAAGCCCAGAUAAAUGAACAGUCGUGUAGUAAUGAGAAUCCAGUCUUAGAAACUUGGACUUUUCAGGAAAGAAAAGACAGCGAAGAAACAGUUACAGAAUCUCAGAAACCUCAAGAGGAAGAGUUUAAAGGUGAUCCCACAAGUCUUCAAGAAGAAUACACAGAGUCUACAGAUGACGAAGAGCCAGCAGAACAGUCAAAUGAUGAAGAUGAAGACAGUAAUGAUGAAGAUUUGGUAAAGAAUUAUAGCAAAGAUAAUUAUCCCACAGAUAUUUUCCAGACCUUGACACAAUUCAAAGACUCUUCCCUCCUAACUGACCUAACCUUGAGGACGAUAAAUGGUGAGAGUUUCCAUGUACACUCACCUGUUCUGGCUGCGGUCAGCUCCUUUAUUUGGGACCAUUUGAGUAGAAGCAACAGAGGAAAUGAUAAUGAUACAAGGGUUGGAGUGCAAGGUUGGUUGGUGUCUUUGGGUCCAGAGGUGGAUCAUGUUGGUUUAGAGGCGGUUGUGGAAUUUGCCUACACAGGAAUGAUAGCAUGCUUGAACGAGGACACUGUUGAGAAGAUAAGGACAGCAGCUCUAGCCCUAGGCAUGCCCAGGGUGCUGAGGCUCUGUACUAAGAAAAACUCAGUGAAAUCUGGAGGACAGAAGAAUUCUGCAGAACAAAGGAUGAUCAGCCUUUGGUCGAUCAAUCAACUGUGGAUCGAUGGGUUGGGGUGUGACGUCAUUCUGAAAACUCUGGGAGAAUCAAUUCCUGCCCACAGAGUCAUUCUGGCUGCAAGCAGUGACUACUUUCGUGGGAUGUUCACCUCUGGGAUGAGGGAGUCAUAUGAGUCUUCUGUGGCCCUUCCCUUUCCAAUGGCUUCGGACCUGGAGCUUCUGAUCAGCUGCUCCUACACUGGUGAUUUGCCCCUUUGUUGGAAGUGCAUCUUCGAGACCACCAGCACUGCUCUCCAGCUCCAGUACGAACCUGCUCUCUCCUUGUGCUUAAAGUUCCUGCAGCAAGAAAUGAACCCCUAUUACUGCCUGGAUGUGGCAUCUUUUGCUAAGGCUUAUGAAAUGGUCCAGCUUCUCGAAGUUGCUGAUGAUUUUGUCUUGAGGCAAUUCCAAAAGGUGGCAAGGACCGCUAAGUUCAAGGACCUUCCAGCCAAACAGCUCUUUUGGUACCUGAGCAGUCACUCACUCUGUGUUCCCUCUGAGCUUGUCGUUUUCAAAGCAGUGAUGGCAUGGAUCCAAGCCAAGCCAAAGAGAAGGUUUAAACUUGCCAAGGAACUGAUGAAAAUGAUCCACUUUUCCCUGAUGACGUUCAAGGAGUUCAAAGAAGUCAAGGCUCUAAAUAUCUGGUCUGAUCACAGCCUGGAAGAACUCUAUGAAGAAGUCUUUCAGGAUUUCUGCUCCAGUGACACCAUAACACAGUCACAGUGUCGGGUCUAUCUGCCAAAAGAAAGUCUGGUCUUGACUGGAGGAGACCAGAUUUCAGAAGACCUGGGUAGUCGCAGCAUCAGCAGAGAACUCUGGUUUGGGAAUUCCCUCAGGAACCACAUAGGGGUAAAAAAGGCCAUGGAGUGGAGACGACUGGGAGAGAUGCCAGAGCCAGCAAGGUUCAGUCAUGAGGUAGCAGUUCUCAAAGGGCAACUGUAUGUAUUUGGGGGCAAAAAGUAUUACGGCAUCAGUGACACGCUGAAUUCUGUUUACAGGUAUGACCCACUUCAAAACCACUGGGAGAACUUGGCUGAAAUGCAGCAGAAGAGAUGUUCAUUUUCUGUUGUUGUGCUGGAUGGUAAAAUAUACGCCCUAGGUGGACAUUGUGACCCUGACUACAUAGAUAGUGUGGAACAAUACUACCCCACUGCAAACUCUUGGAGCUUCACCUGGCCCUUGGACUUGCCUCUUAGUGGACUUGUAGCAAAGGUUUUACAAGGGAAGAUCUUCGUUUCAGGAGGACAAAACAGCGACUACCAGUCUCUUUCAUCGAUGUUUCUGUACCACCCAGAGGCAGGAUGCACAUACAUGGCAAACAUGACCAAACCUCGAGCUCUCCACUGCAUGGAGGUCCUGGGGGAAUGCCUCUAUGUAGCAGGUGGAAUCACCACAGAUGAUAACACAAGUGUUGUUGACCAGCUCGCUUGUGAGGUGUACAGUCCAGCAGCUGAUUCCUGGACUGUCUUUGCGUCUCUACCGGUGCCACAUGUAGGAGCAGGAAGUACAGUCUUGGAGGGCAAGUUUUAUGUGCUUGGUGGAUACAGCCAGGAGGACUACACAGACACCAAGACGGUCCAUCGUUAUGAUCCCACUAUACAGAGAUGGGAGAACAUGGGCAAGAUGCCAGGACCCAACAAUGACAUACGAGCUUCUCUGCUGUGUUUACCACCACAUUUACGUUUGUAGGAUAAGACGGGAUACAGUAGCUUGUGUGUAGCAGUGUGUAAUGCUACUUAAAAAUAGUGUUGUUUAGAAUACAUUCUUGCAUUGUAAGAAUAUUUAUAAUGCUAAUAGUACCACAUGUUAUUUAAAUACUAAACCUAAAGGCUGUAUUCUUUCUGUUGCCCACACUGAAUAGUUCCUACUUUACUUCGAAAAGGAUGUGGUCACAAAAAAUGACUGGAUUGAUGGAUUCUGGUGCUGUAAUUCUACUCUUUACUAUGUUUGCUAUGAAUAUAAUAGUACUUGAAAAAGUUACCACAGUUUUAACCACUUGAGGCAGAAACGAUUAGAGUAAGGUACAGUAGGUAGGUGAUGGAGAUGUUUAAAAACACUAAAGUAAUGACAUUUGGUGUCUAGUUAGGUUUAGCAUCAAUUCUGUCAAAGGAUCAGGCAGGUACAGUAUAACUUGCAUUAGACAGGGUCGGCUCUGGGCAUGGGCGAAAUACGUGGCCUACGGCACCACCUGCCGGAAAGGGUGCCACUCCAGGUCUGUUAUACGGCUGUUGUUACACAGGCUUUACUUUAUCUCACAAUGACACACUUUACUUUAUCCCACAGUGACACAAAUGCAAAUGUAUUUAUUUCAUGAAGCCACAUUCCAACAAAGGUCAUCUCAUACUGUAGGACUUUACAUAGUACAGCAGUUUAGCACAUAUAUAUGUCAAUAUAACAAUAUCACACAUAGCUGACUACACAAUAAUUUAUGGGUGAACCUCCAUCAACAGCAUGUCUUUUAUAUGUCUUCUUUUCUAUCGUUUCAAGUGAGUGUGAUUAGUGAUUAGUGAUGUACAGUGUAAUUGCAUUUUGAGGGACAUGAGCAUACGGUACUAGAAUAAGAUAAAAUGAGCUCCUCAAUAUGUAUGAAGUGACUGAAGUGAAACUUUUUUGUUUUAUGAUUUCCUUAAAUAUUAAUGUUUUAUUGUUAUUAUUGUCAUGUGAAUUGUAUUCUAGUGUUUUAGAAAAUUACCUUUAUGUGAGAGAAUUUAUUUACAGUAUGUGUUGUGUUUGAUUGUUGUUUGUGCAUAAAUACAAAUAAACACCAGAACCACUACAA